AUGAUGGCUGAGUUGGCGGAUAUCGUAUCGCAGCUAGAGAACCCGGAGGUGCACGGCAAACUGAACGCUGUGGUACUGAGAGGAACGGGUGGCUGGUUCUGUGCGGGCGCGGAUUUGAAAGUCGCCCAGGAGGAUCUGACGUCCUCCGAAGCGGGAGCAGCAAUGGGAGCUCUAAUGAUUGACACAUUGACAAGAUUCCGACGUCUACCACUUGUGAGUGUUGCAUGCAUCGAAGGUGGCGCAUAUGGAGGAGGCGCGGAGCUGACCACGGCUUGCGACUUUCGGAUUUUGGAGACGAAAGCGAUCAUUCAAUUCGUACAAGUGCGUAUGGGUGUCUCGCCUGCGUGGGGUGGAGGUGCAAGACUGUACAAGAUUGUGGGUCGGCAGGAUGCAUUGAGACUCUUGUGCACAGCAGAGAAACUGUCAUCUCAACGGGCUUUGGAACUGAAGCUUGCAGAUUUCACGUUCGACACCGAAAGCGAUUGUGCUGAUGCAGCGAUCUGCAGCUUCGUGACUCCGUUUGAUGUGAUCGCUCCGGCUGUUUCCCAUGGAGCGAAACGAGUUAUCAAUCGUGCCGAUGACGUGAGUUUGGACGCUGUGCUUUCAUACGAGCAUGAUGUAUUCAAAUCGCUCUGGGGCGGUCCAGCUAACCUUGCGGCGCUGGAAGGUGCUCUCAAAAAGAAGAAAAAGUAA